AAGUCCUGGGAGUCCGGUGUUCCUGCCUCUUCUCCAGCCAUGUCUGGUGGCGGUGGCGGCUGCUGCCUGGAAAUAUACAGCUGUGUCUUUGACUAUAGCACGCCUCGUAUAGCGCUCAUUAAGAGCAGGAAGAUCGGGCUGCUGAACAGACUCGUCCAGCUGCUCAUCCUGGCUUAUGUCAUUGGGUGGGUUUUUGUCUGGGAGAAAGGCUACCAGGAAUUCGACACAGUGGUCAGCUCUGUGAACUCCAAAGUUAAAGGCGUUGCAGUGACAAACGCGUCCCAGCAAGGACUGAGGAUUUGGGAUGUUGCUGAUUACAUUAUUCCUGCUCAGGAAGAAAAUGCUUUCUUUGUGAUGACCAAUCUAAUUCUGACACAGAAUCAAAGCCAAGCCUACUGCCCUGAGCUCCCAGAUACCACAACAAUAUGCAAUUCCAGUCAUAAAUGUAUCCCAGGUCAUAUUGGCAUUUACAGCAAUGGUUUACAGACUGGAAAGUGUGUACCAUACAACAAGACCGUUAACACAUGUGAAGUUUUUGCCUGGUGCCCAGUGGAAAAUGACACAGAGGUGCCGACACCAGCUUUUCUAAAAGACGCUGAAAACUUCACAGUUCUGAUAAAAAAUAAUAUCUGGUACCCGAAAUUUAAAUUCUCCAAGCGAAACAUAUUACCAAAUAUCAGCACUGAUUACCUCAAAAGCUGCCAGUACAAUCGUGUGACGAACCCGUUUUGCCCUAUAUUCCGGCUGGGUAGCAUAGUGGAAGAGUCUGGGGAAUCCUUCCAAGAUAUGGCUAUACAGGGUGGCGUUAUGGGAAUCCAGAUUAGCUGGAAUUGUGAUCUGGACAAGAAGCAUACAUACUGUGUUCCAAGGUAUUCAUUUCGACGAUUGGACAACCGAGAACUAGAUCACAAUGUGUCUCCUGGAUAUAAUUUCAGAUAUGCAAAAUACUACAAAGAUUCUAAUAACAUCGAGUCAAGAACUCUGAUGAAAGUCUAUGGAAUCCGAUUCGAUAUCCUGGUAUUUGGAACAGCUGGAAAAUUUGAUAUAAUUCCAACCAUGAUUAACAUUGGAUCUGGUGUUGCAUUGCUUGGAGUGGCCACUGUGUUGUGUGAUAUCAUUGUCUUCCACUUCUUUAAGAAAAGGUAUUAUUACAGAGAAAAGAAAUACAAACAUGUAGAGGACUAUGAGGAGUUGACAAAUGAUGAGGCUGGGCUUGGUGCAAACUCAAUUCACCUGGGUUUGCCCAAGCCCAUUUAA